AUGGCCACGGGAUCACAGCAGUUAAGAGAAGAUAGAUUUUCUUCUGCAAUCAAACCAACAGCGCCGAGAUCAUUCGCUCAGCAUAACACUGCAAAUAGUGGAUUUAUUAGUCGAUGGCUUGAGAGAAAUAAUGGAGCAGGAAUGGCAGUGUGGAAUUCUAGUUUAGCGGUUGAACAGGUUGUUAAAGGCAUUACGCUUGAAGCCAAAGCCUUGAAUAAAAAAGCAGAAGAAGAAGCGCAAAAUAUAUCUCGUCAACUGCUAAGUGUUAAAAACAAAACGCAGGAAGAAAUAAAAACCUGCUGUAUGCGCAUUUACACACGGGAGACGUUUCUAUACAAGCUACUUAACACAGUUUUAAGGAACGAAGAUAUGAGCAAAGUCGAUACUCUCGGUGCCUAUUGCUGGCUGGUAGAUAGUGGGAUAAGUCCCGAAUUAGGUGAAAAUCAGGCAUGUGAUUUAACUGUUUACCGUGGGAUGAAUCUUACACAAAACAUGAUUCAAAAAUACAAACAAGCAAUUGGUAAAACAAUUGAAUGGUUAGGUUUUAUAUCAACAACGAAAAAUCGUACCAAAGCUGCACAAUUCGGCACAACGCUAUUUAUAAUUCAUAUUAGCGUACAAUAUUAUGAUGACUACGGAAGUUGUCAUCGAGAUAUUUCGUCGCUUUCGGAUUAUCCAAACGAAGAAGAAGUACUUUUAUCACCUAGCCAUCGCUUUAAGGUUGACCGAGUGCAGCGCGAUUCGAACAGUGGAAAGCAUACAAUUUACCUUUCUUACAGUCCAGAAGACGGUGAUUUUUUUGAAGAUGCAGAAACUAUCGCAGGCCUUCAGGAAUGA